AUGACUCAGAAUGUCAACUUGGGUCAAAGUCUGCUUCGAAUCCAUGAGUCGCAAUUACAGAUGAGCUUGACCACGUCCGCAAACUUUAGCCAGUCUCGAAGCCACGCCACUACCACCGUAUUUUCGGAGUCAAUCCUCGAGAACACAUGGAUCACAGAAGCACCGGAGCUGGAAUUACGGUUUUUCAUUAGCGGCAAUUGGGGCUUGGAUGAUGAUGUGACCUCUUUCGUCUCGCGGUUGGAGCCACAACUCUGUGGUCUAAAUAUCUGGUCGGAUCUCGGCUUUUCUGCUUCACUCAAGACGGAGGAUGAUAAACACUGGGCCGCUGGGAAUAACAGCAGGUUUAGGCCUCGUUGUCUCACGCUUGGUUUGCGCAGAGAAUGUGGGAGAGCAAUUCAUAGCAAACGUUGGAUCUUGCCCGCCGUGAUCAUCAAUGCCCCCGAUGCGUGUUCUCCACCUGGUAUACCGGCACUUACUCUGACCUCCAUUGAUAUGCACUUGGAAUACCGCUUUCAUGCUGAUAACCUGAGCCAUUCCCAACAGUCCAAUCGUGAUACAGAUCCCUUUGAGCAAGAUCCGUCGGUGAUUGCCGUGAUACAAACCCUUGACGAAUCAAUGGACUACAUUGUUCCUGUACGAAAGCCUGACGACAUCAUGUCUCAAGCAAAACAAAGUGAGAUCUUGACCCAAAUUUCCGGGAAUCAGAGAUCACAGAGUGAUUUCGUACGACUCUUCGAUCUUGGGCUUCAACGGUUUGUCAUUGCCAACACUAGGAAGGAUUCUACUGCCAUGAACCAGCGAGCGGUGUCAAUCCCGAUCAUUACAAAAUCAAUAUCGUCCAUGAUAGAGGAAAGUGAUAAUCAUUCCAUUCGAUCACAAGCAGCAGGAUUCCUACAGUAUAUCGAAUCAUCAAAUCCGGAUGCCUUUGGGGGAUUCACUCACUCUGCGAGGCUCAGAUCUGCAAUCCACUCCUCUCUGUGGAGCGUUGCGCAAACGAACCUUAGCCAAAACACAGUUGCCCCAAAUGGAAUAUGGGUAAUCCCUACGGAUCUUUUCCCACCAGAGAUUAAUGAACCUGAAGAUCCAAUGGGUCCCUCGGGUACACAUUCUCAGCAGCCCUGCAUCGAGCUUCCUCUCCCGACCCACAUCCUCAAUACACAGCCAAGUGACGAGAGCAUCGUAAACUAUGAAUUGAUGUUGGAUGGAACCAACCUCGAAAGUGAUUUUGAGGCCCUUUCAAUUGGACCUGACAGCGAGACAAUCCCAGACACCGGUGACUCCACUCAAACUUCCCUAGAUAUUUCAUACUCUGCAAUCGCAACUUCUCAGUCUCUUCGCGCGAACAAUGACAUGAUAUUCGAUCUCGAGCAUGACAAUGAAUUUAGCGAUUCCUAUGCCUUGAUGGACGACGAAUAUUCCUGGGAGGUUGCGGAAUACAUAGGCUCUCCCGAUUCCGAUAUUAUGCUGUAUGAUGUCUUUUAG